AUGGCGCCCUCCAAAAUUGAAAGCUCCCAUCUUCCGUCGACACAAUGCCUUAAUAUCAAGCCAAUUAAAGAUUCUGGAGAUGAUGAUCACUUACUUCAUCGCUCAUUCAUCGACCCACCUGCCCUAGUCGAGCGAGCUGAGGGUGUGAACCUAUUCCUAUCCGAUGGAAGAAAAGUCAUCGACGCUUGUGCAGGUGCGGCAGUGGCUUUAAUUGGACAUGGAAACAAGGAAGUUCACCAAGCCAUCAUCAACCAGCUUCAGAAAGUCAGCUAUGUUCAUACCCAGUCAUACACCACCCAGCCAGCGGAGGAUCUUGCAAAUCUCAUCCUGCGAGGGAGCCCACACGGUCUCGAGAAGGCAUUCUUCGUUGGCAGUGGCAGUGAGGCUGUUGAAUCUGCGUUGAAACUUGCACGCCAAUAUUAUUUUGAGAAGAAUCAGCUAGAAAGGCUCCAUAUUGUGUCUCGGCGACAAGGUUAUCAUGGGAAUACAAUGACCACCAUGUCAAUUUCUGGAAACCUUGCUCGUAAGAUUCCCUUUGAAGGAUUCUCAUAUCCGCAUACAUCGCAAGUUUCUCCCGCCUUUGCAUAUCGCAACAUGCGAGAUGAUGAGACGGAGAUUGAGUAUACAGCACGACUUCUCCAAGAGCUUGAGGAUGAGUUCCUCCGUGUGGGUCCCUACAAAGUCAUGGCAUUUAUCGCAGAGCCAGUGGCGGGAUCUGGUAUUGGUUCUGUCACUCCGCCAGCCGGUUAUCUGGCUGGUGUUCGCGCCCUGUGUGAUAAGUACGGUAUCUUGCUCAUCUUUGAUGAGAUCAUGUGUGGUGUAGGUCGCACUGGAAGCUUCUUCGCCUUCGAACAAGAGGGUGAUGUUGUACCCGAUAUCAUGACCAUUGCGAAAGGCCUCGGAGGUGGAUACGCUCCGAUCUCAGGUGUUCUUGUUCACAAACGUGUUAUAGAUGUCCUUCGCCAUGGAUCAAAGGCUUUUAAUCAUGGACAUACCUAUCAAGCUCAUCCCACUUCUUGUGCAGCUGCGUUGGCAGUCCAGAGAAUUGUUCUCAGAGACGGCCUGAUUGCUAGGUGCGCAGCCAUGGGAAAGAUCCUGGAAUCGAUACUUCGUACAGAGCUGCAGGAUUGCUGGUCUGUUGGAGACAUCCGUGGGAGAGGGCUGUUUUGGACAGUCGAAUUCGUUAAGAAUAAGGAGACGAAGGAGACGUUUGACCCCAGCGUCCACUUUGGAGUACGUGUCCAACAAGCCGCCUUCAAUAAAGGGGUUGCGCUCUACCCUUGCAGUGGGACGGUGGACGGUAAAAAGGGGUGA